AUGGCAUCACCAAUAUUCAUCUCCACAAGGUCCGAAUAUUUUUCAAUAAGAAUAGUUCUACGAAGUAUUGAAUUAACUUUGAGUACAAUAUACAAUUCAUUAAUCAAUAAGGAGUUUUAUACCACAAAUAACAUAUAUCUAUUUAUCAAAUAUUUGAAAUUAUCAGUCAUACUAUAUAUACUACUAAAUGGACCACAACUAAUUUUAAAAGUCUCAAUUCAAUAUUUAUCAGAAAAUGGAUUUGUCAAUUUCAAUCAAUUUGAAAAAUUAAUGAAAUUUGAAUAUUUUUUAAAAUAUUUUUUGAAUAUAAAUAUAUUCAUUAUGUCAACAAUUUCAUUUUUUGAUCAAGAUUUAGAAACUUUAUUUCUUUGUAAUUUAAAAUAUCAAGAUUUAAAAAAUAAUCAACAAAAUUUUGAAAAUUAUUUAAAACUUUCAUCAAAUUAUAAAUUAGAUUCUUCGAAAAGUUGGAGUAAAAAUGUUACUGAUUUAUUAAAAUUUUCAAGAGAAUUUAAAUAUUUUAUCAAAAGGUAUACUAAUUAUUUUUUCUUAAAUUGUAUUUUGUUCCUAUCAAUUGAAUACUUACCUGAAAGAUUCACUUCAUUAAUCUUGGGAUUUAUAUCAUUUCAAACAUUUGUUGAUAAGGUUGGAACAGUUUUGUCACUAAUAUUGGUAACUAUACUUCAAAUGUCCAACUAUCAUUAUACAGUUCUAGUAAUCACAACGUUUUAUGGAUCAUGGAACCUAGCAGAAGAUCUACUAAUAUACUACUUCAAUAAAAUUCAUUUUACUACAUCUGAACAAAAUCAAUGGUUAAAUACAAGGAAGGGAGUUUUAUUUGGUAUUGGUUUAGUAUAUUAUCUUUUAAUACAACGAUUUCCAUUAAUGUCAUUCAUUAUUUAUUCAAAUGCAUUUUUUAAUAUGGGAUAUUUUAUUACAAAAUUUUCCGGAGAAAUUCCAGAUAAUUCAAAAAGUUUGGCAACUUGGUGUAUUACUGAAAGUUUAUGGGAUGGACAUGAACGAUUUGUAGACAAUUUAAGUACAUAA